AUGAAGGCAGCAAGACAAAGAAAGCUACAAGAAAUGGGUGAAUCCAGUGUGACAAUUCAGGAAGAGAAGGAACAAUUUGCUGGAACCAGUGCAGAAGAUCCAUAUCUGCACAUUGAGAAUUUCUUACUUUUGAGCGAGACAGUGAAGAUCAAUGGUGUGACUAGAUAUGCUAUCUUGUUAAGAUUGUUCACUCAUUCACUGAAGGAUGAUGCAAGAAGAUGGUUACAAUCAUUACCUCAAGGAAGUAUCACAACUUGGGAUGAUCUGCAGACUAAGUUUUUAGCUCGGUUCUUUUCAGCAUCAAAAAGGGCGAAGUUGAAGGAUGAGAUUACAAGGUUCAAACAGAAAGAAUCAGAGUCUAUCUAUGAAGCUUGGGAGAGAUUCAAAACACUUUUGAGGAAAUGUCCACAACAUGGAAUCGAAGUGUGGAAUCAAGCAGCAAUAUUUCUCCAAGGGUUGACAACCAACACAAGGACAUUGGUGAAUGCCAUAACUGGUGGUUCAUUAACAACCAAGACUCCUCAGGAAGCCCUUGACAUAUUUGAAUCUCUAGCAUCUCAAGAGUUUGACAAUGCUCCAGUAAAUGACAGAAGAACGAGAAUUAUAAAACUUGAUGGGUAUGAUGCUUUGUUAGCCAAGAAUGAUCAGAUGAUGCAAAUGCAAAAACAACAACAACAGCUGGAUGCUCUCACUAAGCAGCUAUCUUCUCAAAAGGUUGCUUCUGUAGACACUAAUCCUGUGUGUGCAAUUUGUGGGAAAAGCCAUGUUACAGAAGAUUGUGAUUAUGGGGGAUCUGCAGAACAAGCAGAAGUGAAUGGGGUAUGGUAUGAUCAGAGGAACCAGAACAACCAGGGGAGAAAUUUGUAUGUUCCGCCAUGGAAGAAUAGAAAUCAACACCCAGGGUUCAGUUAUAGUUCUAAUCAUCAGUUGAAUCCUCCACUACAUCCUCCUCCACCACAUUCUUCACAACAAGGUGAUACCUCUGCAUGGGAGAAAGCUUUUGCAAGGUUUGAAGCAAGAAAUUCAGAAACAGCAUUAUGCAAGGUUUCUGGAUAUUUUUAA